GUGCUUCUUUGGUUCAGUACACACGCGCACAGCAAACGUUCUACUUAUCCGUCCAUGUGUCAGAAUAGAGGCUGGCACACACAUACGCUACGAGAACACCCUCCCCUAUUCACACAAAACAGCACGACAGACACCAAUCGACGCGCUCACACAGAGAGAGAGACAGAGAGAGAGAGAGAGAGAGUGAGGGGGGCUGUGAGUGGCCGGCCGACCGAUAUCGGUGCAGAGCACACUUACUCCUCCGCUCGUGGCAGGCAGGCAGGCAGGUAGACACAGCCAGACACAGACUCAGGGAGGGGAAGACGUGUCUGCCUGGCGAACAAAAACAAAACACAUUCCCUCCUUCCCUCCAACCCGAGGCACACAGUCAGCCAGGCGAUGAGGGAAGAGCCCCCGGCCACACACAUGAGUGUGUGACACACACAGCCGCCCCCACGUGUGUGUGUGGACACUCUCUUCUAUUCUAUGCUGACCAAACGCAGCUCAACGUAGCGGCCAAAGAAUCCGUCUGGCUCGAUGAUUUGCCUGACUUCCCCUUCUCGCAUCGACAGCACCGCCUCACGCCGCCACUCAUUCAGACGAGACACAGGACACACCAGCCCACGGAAAUCGUAGGCUUUGUCCUGGCCGUCGGAUCGAUCACGCCAAACAUCCCAUUCGGCCUUGACGCGGUCGUUGGCUGUGGGCACUCUGCCGGUGCCCUCCGUGACAAUGCGAUACCGAGCACCCAACGGGGUCAUAGUGAAGGCAGGACCGUUGUUGGUUGUCAUUGGCACCGAUCUGCGGAUUCGACGACGCGGGGGCGGGGGAAAGGGAGGGCCGUAUGCAGACUGCUGGCCUCCGAAUCCAAAUCCGUCGCCACGACCGUCACCAAUACCAGAAUAGAUCGCCAU